UGUUUGGGAAGGGGAGAGAAAAAAAACUUGUCAUUGAAGUACGCAUCGAUUUUCCCCAGUUUUGUGCGAGGAUUUUCCUCCGAAAGGAAAAACGGGUCCUUGCUGAGGAUAAUACUUGUUAAGCGUUACAAAGUACAUCAAAAUGGUGAACAACUCGCAGCGCGUGUUGCAAAGUGUGUACGGGUACGGGCGUCCGUAAUGUAUCCGACCGAGGAAAUAGUGGCGGAGAAAAUUGCACAUCACAAAGAGUGUUGUUCUACGGGAGGCCUACGGAAAAGCUCGUCAGCUGCAGCGCCGCAGCAUGUAAUAGCAGCACACCGACGUACUGUGCCUCGCAGCUGCCAUCCUUCUUCUACCGUGGUGCGAAUCGAUCGAUUUUUACAAUUCGCGUAUCCAUCGCAAGAAAAUCGUCGUUUCGCUAGGGCUUGUACGUCGGAGGUAAUUCGGUAGAAGAAAACACACACACAUCCAUUGCAAAAGAAACAAACUAACAAAGUCCACCGUAAAAAAAGAAAAGGGGAGGGGGGACCAAUAUGGAUGUUGCAACGAUGCAGCGAGCCGAUGGUCAGGAGUUUUUGCACAACACAAACAAUAACAACAAUAACAAUAACAGCAACAAUGGUUCGAUGGCAUGCGGAUUGGUGGAGGGUAAGGGCAAACUUGCUGCCGAGGCGGUGGCCAACGAUAUGGCGCGAGAUUUCGUAACACCAAAGAUGAGCUCAAGUGUGGCCAGCAUACUCGAUGAUACAACGCCGAGCGACUCCGGUGUGCAGCUGCUGGAUUCGGAAUCGAGUGGUUUGAAUGAAUCGAUGAUUUCCAGUGCCGGCGGUUUCGAGUUCGAUGGCGGUCCAACACCUCCACCGCCACUAGCCCCCAUUUCGGCAGUAUCCGCGUAUGACGAGGAGGGCAAAAAUAAUAAUAACAAUUUCUCGUACCAUGAUCGUCCCGUAGCGGAGAUGGAGGUGGAAGCGGCAGAAGAAGAGGAUGGUGCGGGAUUGACGGAGGCGGAUCUGGAUGCGGCGAGUGAAGCGAAACUGGCAGCGGAUCAAGAGAUAGGCGAAGGGAUCGAAAUCGAUCUGGGUAUGAGCACAAGCCAGGUGCCGGAGGAACUUAUAUCCAGCACCUGCUCGACGUUCGACACCGAGAACAUCGUGUAUCGGAGACGCAUCAAGAAGGCGCCGAUCAGCAAGACGCCGAAGAAGCGCGUAUCGUUCCAUGAGGAUAUCCUGAAAAACACCAAAACGGACAACAUUCACAUCGAGCACGGGUUUAUUACGUACAAGACGGGGGGCGGCAUGGGCAAAAAACCUGUAGCGAAGGGUCGAUACUCCUGGUGCUCGGAGGAUGAUGCCGGUGGGUUGGACUACGGUGACGAGGAAGCGCAGGAAGGCAGACAGUACGUGUACCGGAAUGCAUGUUCCGAUGUGCUGGACUAUGGCAAGACGGAUGUGUUUGAAAACGUCGAGGACGAACGGAAUUACGUGAAGUACGAUAAUUCUGGUAUCUUCGAGUACGGUCCACCGGAACGCCAGACGGCGAAAGCAUCCGACCUGCGCGGCAAACCCCUGUACAAGUGCAGCUGUUCCGAUUCCAACUCAAGCCUGGACUCGGGCGAGGGUGGUAUCGUGCAGUCGACCAAUUAUCGUCAAGCGAAAUCGAACAGCUGCGAGUGUAUUGGGUCAAGCGGUGGAGCUACCGGACGGCGCGGCAAGCACAACGGCACCAACAACAAUAACGUCAUCUCGGACAACUGUUACUACAGCGAACCGAGCAUUGAACAUUUGGACGAGUUCAAUGGCAACGUAACGGCGGGUGACGAUGGCGGUGAACCGGUUGUAAAGUCGGUUUGGAGCAAGGAGAAGAAACCGAAGAGCAGCUGCCUUAAAAAGACGAAACGUAACAGCAUCUUCACGAAUGUGGUCGUGCCGGAGCACGAUCUCAGCCGCAAGGUGAAGAAGUUUAACGUGCACCAGCGCCUAUCGGUGAUCGACAACAGUCGCAUGAUCUUUGGCUCGCUCAAGGACAUCUUCGGUAUUGCGCUGCCGGAGCGCGGCGUUCCGGAAGGCUCCGAAGAUCUGUCGUCCGUGCGUGAAUGCAUUCCAGAAGCGCACGAUGAUGGAACGCUCGAGGAUGAUUUUACGCUGGUCCAGAAACCGAAAUCCUUCCUGUCCAAGAGCCUGGAUGGAGGAUUCAACAGCCGCAGUGGUGGUCGUCCAAACGCGGGGCAGCAGAAAAAAUACGUCCACAAUGUAGACGAACAGCUGCGCCGCAAGAAUGAUGAAGAUCUGUACGCGCCGAGCCGGAAAAACAGCGUGGAAGAUGAAUUGCCAGCGAGCGAGGAAACCAUAGUUGACACAAACAAGGAAAGCGAUCAGUCAGACGAAGAGAACGUCGCUGGCUCCACCACAAGUGCUGUCCUGGACCAGCAGCAGCAGCAACAGCAACAGAUGGCGAUGAGCGGGGUGAAUGUAAUGGUUGGCGGAGGCGCGGCCGGAGCUUACCGUAACAAGUUUAUCAUCAACGGCGAGAGUACGGUGUACGAGCAUACCGGUGUGUCGUACUGCUUCGAGGACGGCCAGGACCGAUCUCCGCAGGAGGAAGAAAAGGAACUUCCGGUUGGUGAAACGACAAGUGGCUCGUUUAUUGGAAAGACGCAGAUUAAAAAGAAACUUUCGACUAUAUUUCAAAAGAUAAACGUCAUAAGCUCACAGGCGUCCACGCCAAUCCCGGCUCCGCGUCCCGGUGGCGAUGGGGAAGGAGAACCGAGCACUGAACCGGGAGUAGCACAGGGUCAGAGAAGACCGUCGGGUGGUUCCGUUCUUCCCUCGCCACCGUUACCGAAGCCUUCAGAGAAGACGCUCAUGGAGAGCAGUACGAUCUCCUCCUGCAGCAGCGAGCAUUCCGAUCAACUUGGUGGAGCGUCGGGAUCGAAAUUAAGCUCGGGAUUGAGUUCUCCUCAUGGUAGCGGAGGAGCAACUUUCAAAUCAAACCGCCACCUGUCAUCGCCGUUGAAGAAUAGAUCGCUGACGACUACGCGCAUGGAAUCCGCUGCACGCCCGUCACGCAUGAGUCCGGACCUGUUUAAUCUUGGUGUUGCACCGCCGUUAGGAUUGGCAGGCCGCAACCUAACUCAAAUCGAUCCACAGCUGGCCGAGGAGUUUGAGGACAUCCUGACAGUGACGGCCACUAAUACCGCCACCGAAUCGUUGAUCGAAUCGGUAGAGCAACGGCAGCAGAUCGACAAAAAAUCGAUCGUUGAGGAUGAUAUCGUGAUUCUGGAUUAUCCUUCCACGUCGGGCGCUUCGAGCUCGACCGUCCUAACGCCUAGCACUCCACAGGCCGAAGAGAUAGUGCGUCCCGCAAGCCGACCGUCGUACCAGCGCGCCGCCUCACGCCACAACCCGAUGACGUCGUCCACCGCAAGUUCCGCAUCGACUGCUUCGAAAAGCUCGCUCAUCAAUCGGUUUCUGCGCAAUGUUACGCAGAAGAAGAUCCUUGAGGCGACGAUCAAGCAGAAUCCUUUCUUCCAGUCGAAACUGAACGGGGAGCGCAAGCUGUUUGAGAAUCUCUGCCCGCGUGGACCGGUGCGACCCAUCAACCGGGAGCUGGUGGAAGAUUUGAACGCGGAAAUAGCGAUGGAAAUCGAGCUGUCCUCCUCCGCCUGCCAGCUGGAUCGCAUCCAGCUGAACGACACAUACGCCCAGUCGGGAACGGAAGGCGCCAGCCCGUUCGCACUCGGAGGCGUCAAGUUUGAUGGAGGCGGUAUCGGCGUUGGCGAGCUACCGGUGGAACUGUUUUCCGCAGGUCCGCGCCUUUCCAUCUAUCGCAACGACAGCGAGGUGCUAAUGAAGGUGUUUAAGCUAUUCAAUGGAUACAGCCGGGAGGGUUACAUGACACCGGUGCUGGUGUUUCUCACCGACCGGACGCUGUACGUGACGGACCAGGUGCGGAACCGGCUGUGCAAUAAGUUUGUGCUGCCGUAUGCCGAGCUGGACGUGAUAUUGGUCGGACCGUACGGCAAUACGGUGCUGCUGAGCAACUCGGCCCGGGACAUGCAGCAGGUUCUGCUGGCCGGUGGACCGUAUCCGGCCGAGGGGCUCGUGUCGAGUUUGGAGCUGUGCGCGCGUCGCGGCGGUUCGGUGCUGCCGGCCGUCGGUCAGCUGACGCUCGACCAUUUGGCACCGCUCCAGGCCUUUGUGCGGGAUCAUUCGAGCGUUAGCCGGGAAGAUUCGUGGAAAUACUAUGCAGUCGUCAAUGUGCCGGCUGGUACGCUCGGCAGUGAGGAAGCACCGCUGGGCCCACACAUCAAGGGCCCAUUGAUGCAUCGGCGAAUGUCACACGCAGGUUUCGUGGAUAACUGGUCCGCAGGAUACUUUUUGCUGAAAGCUGGAGUGCUUUACCUGUUUGGAGAUGCUUCCCAGAAGCUGCCAACAUGGGCGGUAGCACUGGCCGAAUGUCAAGGUGCCCGCCGUUCGGUGAAUUCGGGACGACCGUACUGCUUUGAGCUUCUGCUCCGUACGGGAGCUCUUCAGCUGGCCGCACCAGACGAGUACGUGGCGUCCGAUUGGCUGCAGGCACUGGUGCAAGCGGCUAGCGGGGUGAGUGAAACGCAGACUGUAACUUCAAAGUUGUUUGAGAUGCAGGAACGUCGCCGUACACUCGGCUGUACGCUGAUCAUGACGUCCAACCAUCUCCUAACGCUGCGGGAAGACUUCAGUGCACCGCUGCGUCGGAACACCAGCUACAGCACGGUGGGCGAGAUAAGCAAUCCGUCACCGACGCCGAACCCAUCCGCGAUGCAGCAGCUUCAACUGAAUCUGUCAUCACCCUCGAAGGAAAACAUCAAUCCGAACGCAACGCGUAGAAAGAUCAGCAAUGUGUCGAGUAAUAAUGGUGGGCAGGAUAACUACAGCGAGAUAAGCUCCGUGCGGUCGAACUGCAGUACACCCACGCGUUCAAACGUUGGAGGCCAAACGAUGGCUGCUGAUCGACGCUCGAAUGCUUCCAGCACCAGCACACCGACCAAAGGAAGUGCAGCAAUGCAGCAACAGCAGCUGCUAAACGGAUCGCCGGCAAGAAGUCUGCCACGGUCGGGAACCUCGGCCUGCGGUCCACCGUCGUUGGCGGACUUUUUCGCCGGCAGUGCCGAAGAGAAGAGCCACACCAAUAUGAGCAGCUUCUAUGGGAAGAAUUCGGGCGUUGAAGUGCUUACCUGUGCCAGCAUCGAUGAGAUGUCUGCCGUAAAGAUACCGGCCAUCUCUUCCAAUUGGUGGUGCAUACUGGAAUUUGAGUGUCAAGAGGUGCGGGAAAAUUCGGACGAUUUAGUAGUUUUCUUUUCGACCAGCGGCGAGCAGGAACGCUUCCUGUCCAUGCUCGAAUCCAUCUGGCACACCAAAAAGAAUGAAGCAUUUCCGGCUUCGAUCAUUAGCAGCGACGAUGCAGUUUACGACCACUGUUCCAAGCUGUUCCUGGAAAUCAAUCGCUCCUGGGAACCUUUGCUAUCUGCGGCCCUGGGUUAUCCGCAAUAAACCUAAGGGGGGCGCUGCAAGCAAAUGCAAUACGAGCAACACGUCAGGCGAGUAGCGUAAUUGUGUUCACCUAAUUGUGAUUAUUACAUUUCGUUUUACAUCACCAAGCUUACGCUAAACGAAGAGCACCUUCCGAAUAGCCACGAUGGGAAUGCUUGCAAUUUUUAAGAGCGCGCAAAAGUGCAAUAACUCAAAAGUAUUACUAGUUUUAUAGCCAAAACAGGGGGUAGGCAAUUUCGAAUUGAAUUAAAAUUGUUUUAUUUUAUUUUUUUACUAGCUUUGAAUUCGAUUCGUUGUCGUGCAGGACGUUAAAAUAUUCCAAAUUUGCAGUGAUGCUAGAGUGUAUGCAAACGUGUGAACGUUUGUUCUAAAUUUAAGGGCCCAUUCGGCUUUUUGUGGAAAAUGUCUCUGUAACAAAUUUGCGAAGCUAGCUGUUUCUGUUUACUUUAAUUGCAAACUAUUUUAAUCUUUUUUACCGUAAGAAGUUUGUUCUUUUUUUUCAUCACAUGAUAAGGCAUCUAUUUUAUAGAGAGUGAUGCUCUCACGAAUCUAUCCACCAGCCAUGACACGGGAUAGCGAUAAUCAUUACCAAAGAAACGUGGGGUGGUAUGGGCCGACUAAUGGUGACUAAAAGGUGGAAAUCAAAACAUUAAAUAGGAAUGCAAACACCCAUAGACUAAUGAAUGCGUAAAUAGCUCCUUAAUGUGAAUAUCAAAGUGUCUUUCGCGAUAGGAAAACAGAAGUGGAAGAACGAUGUUUGGUCAUAUCUAUUCUAUAUAAAACAGUGUACCCCUUGUUUCUAGACACUGUUCCCUCACCCUUUUCCAUAUAACAAAAAGCCUACACAAUCGCCGCCCAAUGCUUUUUUCCCCUAGAGCUUAACGCUUGUCGCUUCUAAGUGGAUGGUGCCUAACCGGCCACCAAGCAAAUCUAAUCUAAAAAAACAAAAAUAUACUCCAAAUGUGAUUGAUUUCUCAUUCUCAAUAUAAUAAGAUUUAGGAAGAAAAAAAAGACGUACACACAUGUAUCUCUGAAUAUCUACUACUAUCUCAUCUGUUCUCUUGUGGAGGAAAGACCCCUGGUGCACAGCAACCAAAUAACAGCAGUGCUCUCAGUUUUGGUUUAAGCAAGAAGCAUCACAUGAAUGUUACCAAAAACUAUAUAAGUAAAAUAGUUGAGCAAGAAUGUUAAAUCCGCAUCCGUAUCCCGCAAUGCUGGCCCAAUUAAUUAAGCUAACCCCCAUACAGAAAGAAAAAGUCGAAAAAUCUAAUUGUUACCGACAAUACGUUUACACGAGGGGGGCAAAAACAAAAACAUUCACAUGGCUUCAUCUUUUACCAGCUGGAAAAUGCUGCACGAUAAGUGGUCUAUAAGAACGACAGCAUCUCAUACACUGAUCACACUUAUAAAACGAAUCGUUAAUGAGAGCAUUACAAAUUCGUAUUUUUUUUUACUUUAAGUUCAUUAUUUCAUCCAUAACUCUCUAGUCAAAUAAAAAAACUACGAUGAAAAGCGAUAUGUUACGAGAAAUUUAAAUGUGAUGCCGCAAGUUGCCGUAUAUAGGUUUUAUAAGUUUUUCUUUUUGUUAUGUGAACUCACGUUCGCUUUUAAUUAGUUUUGCGAAACAAAAGUUUCCACUCACUUGUCGAUAUUAAGAUAAAUGCGUAUAUUUUGCUUAUAUUUAUCGGUAGAUUAAGUAAGAUGAUGGGAGUAACCGCUGUAUGCGUUACAGUACACUUCGUUCAAACAAUCCUCUUAAGCAAAAAUAUCUUCUGAAUGUUUAGGAUACUGUUACAUCGUAAGCAAGCUUAUUACACAUACCCACAAAAGCAAGCAUGAAUUAUACACACUCUGCAUACUGGUAAUAAUGGCAAAAAUAUAUAUAUAUACACCCAUAGAAAGAUACUACCCCCCCCCCCCCCCCCCGCGCAUUGUCUCGUGUCUCCCCCGUCAUAUAUACGUAUACAUAUAUAUAUUCUUGUAUAACAAUUUUGUGACAGAAAAAUAAUACGAGAAGUUGCGGGCGAGGCUGUGUGUAGGUUGAGAUUUUCGACCUCUGGGGCCGAUCGUGUACUGACUGAGUAGUAGCAGCAGCAGCAAGAAAGGGGACCGAGUUUGGAGACGCAAUCUGCCGUAAUCUAUGAUCGUUUCUUAAUUGAGAAGCAAGUAGGAGCAACUGGAAGGUCUGGCGAAUUAGUAAUAGUCUAGUAACUUAAAGCAAAAAGCAGGAAAUCAUCAAAAAGGCCGGCGUUCGUUGGCUGGACAAAACCCCUCAAAUCUCACAACCACUUAGUGUUAUGUUCAAUUUUCCUUCCCUCCAUCCAGGGGGCAAGAUAUGGCAUAAUAUAACCAAUAUACUCGUUACAAAAUAAACCCGGCCAACCUACUCUCUCUCUCUGUUUGUCUCUCUGUCUGUACUGCUGGAUAAGACACAGCACACAGUUCGAUUGGGUCAAGUGUACGAAAAUAAAGAAAACUAUGGUAAUCUCAUUGGCAAAAA